CAGUCGCUGGCUCUGAGCUCAGCGGCCGCAGUGGCAGGUGAGAUCCUCCGGCCAGUAAGGAACGUGCAGAGACAGCUUCUGACCCCGGCCCUGCUCCACGAUUGCCCGCUCGGGUGCCUGGGCCCGGUGGGCCCGGCAGGGAAGGGCAGCCGCCUCGCAUUUGCGAGGCCUGGCUUGGCCGCGGGGCCCAAGUGGCGUAAGAGCCCCCCUCCCUCGACCCCGAGACCACCGGAGCCAGUUGCCCGCCUACAGCCUGUAGGACUGCGGGGCGCCCUUCCUUCAUAACCUCCCGGGUUCAUGCCUGAGCUCUGCUUGUGACCCCUCCGACAACUUCCAGACUCCCAGGGAGAGCUCUGCUGUCAAAGAAGACAGUACAGUACAGGAGAAGGACCCACCCAUGGACCCUUUCCUGGACAACCCAGCAGCACCAGUACGAAUGCUCUUCUAAGUCACAGAGAGCCUGGGGACAUCAUCCGUCCUUUGGAAAGAGUCAUGGUGUUAAGGAGGAUCAGAGCCAGUUCCCAGCAAUGGCCUGGCCUAAGAAGCAGGAUUGAUCGCAUAGAGUCCCUAGGCAUGCUCAGAGCUGCCCUGCUGCUCAUCAACCUGACAUGGAGGGCCCAAGGGACAGCCAGUGCUAACCUCAGCACAGCUCUGGGCCACACUAUGCCACUAACAGGAAGCCGCUACUUGAGCAUUGGGGAUGGCUCUGUGAUGGAGUUUGAGUUUCCUGAGGAGAGUGAGGGCAUCAUCGUGAUCUCAAGCCAGUACCCAGUCCAGGCCAAUGGGAUGGGCCCUGGCCCCACACUGAAGGUCACAUCCCUAGACACGGAGGUGCUGGCCAUCAAGAAUGUGAGUGCCAUAACGUGGGGUGGUGGGGGUGGCUUUGUGGUGAACAUCCACUCAGGCCUGCCUGGGUUGGCCCCACUCCACAUCCAGCUCAUGGACCCCCACAAGGCCCCACCCAUGCUGAUUGAGGAGCGGAGAGAUUUCUGCAUCAAGGUCUCACCUGCUGACGAUACCUCUGUAACACUCAGCACCAACCUGGCCCACUUUUCAGAGAACCCAAUACUCUACCUGCUCCUGCCUCUUAUCUUUGUCAACAAGUGUUCAUUUGGGUGCAAAGUGGAACUCGAGGUUCUGAAGGGACUUGUGCAGAGCCCCCAGCCCAUGCUGCUGGGCCUCCUAGGACAGUUUCUGGUCAUGCCCUUCUAUGCUUUCCUGAUGGCGAAGGCCUUCAUGCUGCCCAAGGCCUUGGCUCUGGGCCUCAUCAUCACCUGCUCAUCACCUGGGGGUGGUGGGAGCUACCUCUACAGCCUCCUUCUUGGAGGGGAUGUCACCCUAGCAAUCUCCAUGACUUUCAUCUCAACAGUGGCUGCCACUGGUUUCCUACCACUAUCCUCAGCCAUCUAUAGCCGCCUGCUCAGCAUCCAUGAAACACUCCAUGUGCCCAUCUCCAAGAUCCUGGUGACCCUGCUGUUCAUUGCCAUCCCCAUAGCAGCAGGUGUUGUGAUCAAGUCCAAGCUCCCCAAGUUCUCCCAGCUGCUGCUUCAGGUCAUCAAGCCCUUCAGCUUUGUGCUCCUCCUAGGUGGCCUCUUCCUGGCCUACCGCAUGGGGGUCUUCAUCCUGGCAGGUGUCAGGCUACCCAUUGUACUGGUGGGCCUCACAGUGCCCUUGGUUGGCCUCUUGGUGGGCUACUGUCUGGCCACAUGCCUGAAACUGCCAGUGGCCCAGCGGCGGACAGUCAGCAUUGAGGUAGGGGUACAAAACAGUCUGAUGGCCUUGGCCAUGCUCCAACUAUCCCUCCGCCGCCUUCAAGCUGACUAUGCCUCCCAGGCCCCCUUCAUUGUGGCACUGAGUGGCACCUCUGAGAUGCUGGUCUUGGUCAUUGGCCACUUCAUCUAUAGUAGCCUGUUCCCAGUUCCUUGACAACUCUGGGUCAAGAUUCUAUCAUCCCCCAGCCCCCACACUCUACCCACUGUCCCCACAGUUCUUGUGUACCAAAGGCCUUUAGUUCUCAUGCACUAUGCACUCAGAAAAAUCCAGGCUUAUUUUUUUUACUGAUUUUUUAUUCUUCAGCUUUCAGUGCCAAAGAGGCUGUGCUGAGUUAAGUAGGUGGGCACUGCCAAGAAAAUAUAUUUCAAUAAAAGAGAGAAGCAAGCUUGAGUCCCUUCCAAUCUUUGCCCUUUGGGACCUGGGAGUGGGGGUAGGAAGAGUGUGCCCGGCAGAACCCCUGCCUCCCACCCUCGGCCGGGUCAGGUAUGGGGCAGGGUGGAGGACCAGCUUGUGUGGCACAGUGACCCCUGGGAAUGCUUUAUCAGCCCACACUCCAUGAGAGGUGGGCCUCUCUCUCUCUUUUUUUUUUUUUUUUGAGACAGAACCUCAAGCUGUCGCCCUGGGUAGAGUACCGUUGCAUCACAGCUCACAGCAACCUCCAACUCCUGGGCUCAAGAGAUUCUCCUGCCUCCGCCUCCCAAGUAGCUGGGACUACAGGCGCCCGGCUAUUUUUGGUUGCAGCCGUCAUUGUUGUUUGGCGGCCGGCUGGAUUCCAACCAACCCGCCAGCUCAGGUGUAUGUGGCUAGCGCCUUAGCCGCUUGAGCCACAGGCGCUGAGCCGGGCCUCUCUUUUUAGAAUGAGCAGUGGGAGCAUGAGAGCAGAAGCCUGGCUCCCC